UCUCAAAAUGUUUGAUUUUCAUAGGCAUUUUUAGGCAAGGAAACAAAAAAGUUAGAGGGGCUACAUCUGGCUGCGGAAACGUUGGGCUACCGGCCUUGGUUAGGCAGCUGUUCACAAGAAAGGCGGUGUGAGCCGAGGCGUUGUCGUGGUGCAACUUCCAAUCGGCUGCGAUGUCUUGUCGGACCCGAUUGACCCUUCGUUUGAGUCUCUUGAGGACUUACACGUAAAACUUGGCUUUGACGGUUUGUCCAGAAGGAUUAAAUUCAUGGUGGACGAUGACUUUGAUGGGGAAAAAGACAAUCAGCAUUGUUUUUACUCAUCAUCAUCAGUUAGCCUUCCAUAGCCAUCAUGAGUUGCCUUCCAAAAAGGCCUGAUGCCACCGAAACACAACACUUCUUGCUAAAGCAACAUCUGGGUAAGCCUGUUUGAUCACAUCAAACGUUUCUGUCGCAGAUUUACCGAGUUCCGCACAGAAUUUAAUCUCACGAACGUUGUAUUUUCGGCUUGCAUCACUCACAGCAACACGUCACGCGAAAAUGUUUGUCCCAACUCUCCAGGUGCUCGAAGACAACUGACCAGCCGCUCGUUCGUCAGCUAGACACGUACGUUCCGAAGUACAGUCGCGGCAGAAGAAAAUCAGUCCUAUUACCUUCCGGGCAAAAGCUUGUUGGAAAGAGGCAUGCCAAUUGCUCAGCCGGCUAUUAAUACAUAACAACGGUAUGGUCUUCUGCGACUGGGUUGAAGUUUAAAAAGAUCUUCCCUAUAGUAUCGUCGAUCAUCUUUCAUUUGUUACCACUAAAUUUGUUCCCACUUUCAAAAACUUCAGUUAUCAGCAGUCAUACACUUCAAGCCUGUCAAACGCAAAGCCGUAAAUUAUUAAAAAUAUUUCAUACAAAUUUAAUGGCCGAGUCGUAAGUUCUUGCUGUUAACUGCUACUGAAAACCUCAUUUUGUUUCUUUAGAAAAGAUGACUACGAUCCAUAUGAGCACCGCGAAGUUGCCCAUCCGAUUUCAAAUAUUGGUGCACUGACGAAUAUCAUCAAAGCUAUAAUUGGCACCGGUAUUUUAGUAUCACCAAUGGCUUUUCGCAAUGCCGGCUGGUUAAAUGCGCUGAUUAGUACGACUGUUAUUGGUAUUAUAGUCUUGUAUUCGAAGCAAAUGUUGAUGUAUGGCAUGUACGAAAUAGCAAAGCGACGUCGUGUACCACUCUAUACAUAUGCUGAGGGUGUUGUAGAAGCGAUCGUCGAAGGUCCACCUUGUUUGCGUGGACUUCAAGGAACAUUGCGCUGCAUGGUGAACUCUCUACUCUUCAUUUAUCACUUCGGUUCUUGCUGUGUUUAUGUGGUUUUCAUAGCGAAUUGUCUUAAGGACCUUGGUGACCAUUAUUGGGCCAUCUGGGAUAGCCGUUUAUACAUGUUGUGUGAGAUUUUACCGCUAUGCCUUAUCUACUGUGUGCCGAACUUGAAGUCAUUGGUCCCUUUUGCGAUGGCAGCCAACUUUUCGCUAAUAUUUGGUUUCGGCAUAAUUUUCUACUACAUGUUCAGUAAUCUGCAACCAUUUGAAGAUCUGAAAGCCUUCCAAGACUUCCGCAUGUAUCCGUUAUUUGUUGGUGCCACAUUAUUUGCAUUUGAGGCGCCUGGCUUGGUCGUAUCGAUUGAGGCGAACAUGAAAAAGCCACAGUCUUAUGUCGGCAUAGGCGGCGUGCUGAGUCAAGGCAUCUACUUUGUUAUACUGUUGCAGCUAGUCUUCGGUUUGCUGGGCUAUUGGCGCUAUGGUGAUGAUAUCAAGUCGGCAAUAUUGCAGAGUCUGCCGCAUGACGAGUUACUCGGCAACUCGGCGCGCGUCAUUUUCGCCUUUUCCAUGUAUAUCUCACACCCUUUGCAGGGCUAUGUGCCCAUCGAUGUCAUGUGGAAUAAUUGGCUAAAGGCGAAGGUGCCGGAGAGUAAGGCAUUCGUGUUAGAAUUGGUCUUUCGUGUUUGCUUGGCGAUUUUGUCGGUUGGUUUUGCCGUCGCUUGGCCGAACUUAACCUUAAUUCUUUCCUUUGUCGGCGCAUUCUGCCUCUCCUUUCUGGGUCUUAUAUUUCCUGCCAUCAUUGAUAUUUCGAUUAGAUAUGAAAAGGGUUAUGGCCCUAUGAAAAUACAUCUACUAUUGAGUUUUGUCGUGAUAUUGUUUGGUGUUGUUGGUGGCAUAACCGGUUCGUAUGUGCCAAUCGAACAAAUGGUGAAACUAUAUGUUAGUGGUACGAAUUUGACCGGUUAGCAAUAUAUAUUUCAG